CUCUGCGCCUGCCUGCCCGGCCCCAUCGCCCGCAGGUUUUGAACAGUACCUGAACAGAAGUAAGAGUCAAGAACUGUCUUUGGAGACAGGAAUAAAUAGUAACCAUGACAACAGAGACUGGCCCAGAUUCUGAGGUGAAGAAUGCCCAAGAGGAAACUCCACAGCAACAGCUGGAGGCUGCAGCAAGUGGGCCGACCCCAGUGACCACCAGCCCUGGACCAACAGCUAGCAGCCAGGAAGCUGAGGCCAACGAAAAGCCCAGAGCCCACUCAGACUCCAGAAAUGCAGAGCCGGGUGCAGAAAUGGAAGAAAAGGACUACAGUGAAACAGAUGGGAUAUCAGAGAAAACAACGCCCAGCAAGACCCAGAAGUCCCCACAGAAAAUCACUAAGAAGGCCAAGAGUGCCCUCUGCAGAGUGACCCUGCUUGAUGCCUCGGAGUACGAGUGUGAAGUGGAGAAGCAUGCCCGGGGUCAGGUGCUCUUCGAUAUGGUGUGUGAGCACCUCAAUCUGCUGGAGAAGGAUUACUUUGGCUUGACAUUCUGUGACUCAGACAGCCAAAAGAACUGGCUGGACCCCUCCAAGGAAAUCAAGAAGCAGAUCCGCAGUGGCCCCUGGAACUUUGCUUUUACUGUUAAGUUCUACCCCCCUGACCCUGCUCAGCUCACUGAGGACAUCACAAGGUACUACCUAUGUCUGCAGCUGCGAGCUGACAUCAUCACAGGGCGCCUGCCGUGCUCCUUCGUCACACACGCCCUGCUGGGCUCCUAUGCCGUGCAGGCAGAGCUGGGAGACUAUGACUCUGAAGAACAUGUGGGCAAUUAUGUCAGUGAGCUCCGCUUCGCACCCAACCAAACCAAGGAGCUGGAGGAACGGAUCAUGGAGCUGCACAAGACCUACAGGGGCAUGACACCUGGUGAAGCAGAGAUUCACUUCCUGGAGAAUGCAAAGAAGCUCUCUAUGUACGGUGUUGACCUACAUCAUGCCAAGGAUUCAGAGGGCAUUGACAUCAUGCUGGGCGUCUGUGCCAACGGCCUCCUGAUCUACAGAGACAGGCUGCGGAUAAAUCGCUUUGCCUGGCCCAAGAUACUCAAGAUUUCCUACAAAAGGAGCAACUUCUACAUCAAAAUCCGCCCCGGCGAGUAUGAGCAGUUUGAGAGCACCAUUGGCUUCAAGCUCCCUAACCACCGCUCUGCUAAGAGACUCUGGAAGGUCUGCAUUGAGCACCACACCUUCUUCAGGCUGGUGUCCCCAGAGCCUCCCCCAAAAGGCUUCCUGGUGAUGGGCUCCAAAUUUCGCUACAGCGGGCGGACACAGGCACAGACCCGCCAGGCCAGCGCCCUCAUUGAUCGGCCUGCUCCCUUCUUUGAGCGCUCCUCCAGCAAACGGUACACCAUGUCUCGCAGCCUCGAUGGAGAAUUCUCACGCCCAGCCUCUGUCAGCGAAAACCACGACGCAGGGGUGGAGUCUGAGAAGCGGGACGAGGACAGUGAGCACAGUGGGAGGAGAAGAUCUGAGGCCGAGGAUGAGGAGGUGACAACCCCAACGAAAAUCAAGGAGCUGAAGCCGGAGCAAGAAACCACCCCCAGGCACAAGCAAGAGUUUUUAGACAAACCAGAAGAUGUUUUACUAAAGCACCAGGCCAGCAUCAAUGAGCUGAAAAGGACACUGAAGGAGCCCAACAGCAAGCUGGUUCACAGGGACCGGGACAGGAGGCUGACUUCAUCACCAGCCUCUUCCUCACCUAAGCACGAUGACGAGUCACCAAAGGGGACCCCAGAGAAGGCCAGCGAGAGGAUGGAAGAAGAUAUCCUAGAAGAGUUUUCACCUGAGCAUGGAGCUGCCUUAACCAUGGAGUCUUUCACACAGAAAAGCCUUGUCUCUUCUCCUGAGAGAGCAGGAUUGAGGGAGGGUGCAGACGAGAAAGCUAAGCCGCCUCGGCAGAAGGCUCCUGAAAGUGACACCGGGGAUGAGGAGCAGGACCAGGAGAAGGACUCAGUCUUCUUGAAGGACAACCAUCUGGCCAUCGAGCGUAAGUGCUCAAGCAUUACGGUCAGCUCAACAUCCAGUCUGGAAGCAGAGGUGGACUUUACAGUUAUCAGUGACUUCCAUGGCACCACCUUUGAAGACAUCUCCAGGAGUCUGCCUGAGCUUGAUAGAGAUAAGAGUGAGACAGAAGCUGAAGGUUCGAUUUCCUCUCAGGAUGCUGACAAAACAGCUCCUGGCCAGGAAGAAAGUGCCAAGGAAGGGGAGAAGGUCUUCUACCAUGUAUCAGAAGUGUCCCAUUUUGAGUCAACAGUUUUGAAAACAGAAGCUGUGGCUGUCAGCCCUGCAUCUGGUGUGAAGAAGGCAGAACCAGAGACCUCUGUGCAACAGAGGGUCACAUCGGUGGAAACAAUACAGGCUGAAGGAGGCACCACAGGAGGAAAAGAGACAAUAGCCACUUCCCACACUGUCACCACAGAAACCAUAUCAACAACCUCAGAUCCAAGCACCAAGCUGGGGAAGGGAGCUGGCCCCACAACAGAAGUUCGUUCCAUAUCUCCGAUCACCAGCACCACUGCUGGAAAAGAAGGUCUUACCAGCAUAUUUGGUGCUACGGCAGAAACGCUCUCGACUUCCACCACUACCCAUGUUACGAAGACUGUGAAAGGAGGGUUUUCAGAAACCAGAAUAGAGAAGCGGAUCAUUAUUACGGGAGAUGAAGACGUGGAUCAAGACCAGGCAUUAGCUUUGGCAAUCAAAGAGGCCAAACUGCAGCACCCUGACAUGCUGGUAACCAAAGCUGUGGUAUAUAGAGAAACAGAGCCUUCACCAGAGGAAAGGGACAAGAAGCCUCAGGAAUCUUGACCUCCAUGUUCACCGACACUGGCAUCUCUAUUCAAACAAAGCUGGAGAACAAUGAAGAAGGGGCCUUCAUGCUGGAUUUGUCAACAAGACAUAGACAUCCUGGCUGCAACCUUAAUGGCGAGAGACAAAAAUUAAAAAAAAAGGAAUAGCAAAUAUAUAUUAUAUAUAUAUAAAUAUAUAUAUACACACACACAAGAAACAAAACGCAUCCUUGCACUGCUGCUAUAUGCUGGAGAUGAAUUCCAAACAGCAACAUCAAUAACAGCAAAACCAACCGCCUCUUUUAGCCUUUGCGGAGAAAGUGAUGAAUUUGACUGGACUGAUAAGAAAAAUCAUGAUAAUAAUAAUCUUAUUAAUACAACAAACCGCCAUUUUGCAUGUUCCAUUUAAAGGAUACACAAAUCAUGGGGUCAUUUGUUGCACACUGAAUGGAAAGGAAAGAUGCUUUGCAACAAAGCAAGAAACAAACAAACAAACAAAAGAAACCAAGCAGAAACAAAACUAUUCCCCACCUAAGGAAAGAAGAGAGAGAACCAUUGAACUGUUUUGAUUCUUUCAUGAUUAUUUUUUGCAUUUGGGAUGUGUGGCAACCACUUCUCUUCCCCAUUCCAUGCUGGUUCUAUUGCAUCAUUUUUCAGUUGUUAUGCUCCUCCCCAACCUCCCUUCCCUUUCCUCUGUCCCUUUAUCCAAGCUCUUGUUCCGAAGGUAUUUAAGAAUGGAUCUAAUUUGAAACAAAACAAAAACAAAUAUAUGUAUAUGGUUUUUCAUUUAUAAAGAUGCAGCCUGUAAGGGUUUCAUAUGGAUGUGCUUUUAAGUUAUGUAUAUUAUAUAUAACAAGGGGGGUGGGGAACUGAGGGGUGGGAAACAAUAUUAAAAUAAUUAAACAGUGCUGGUAAAUAUGAUGAUGACAUUUUUUAAGUUAUAAUUAUUUGAUUGACUGUGGUUGAUGUAUUACAAGAAUCUUAGAUCACACUGACAUCCUGCAGGAAGAGGAUGGGGAACAUUUCAUUAACCACUGCUCGCUGGGGGGUGGAGAGGAAUGUUGCGUUUGUCACUGAGUGAUCAGCUCUGUGACAGGAGGAAUUGAUGUAGUGAUACAGUAUGCGUUUGUAAUUGGUUGGUUGGUGACAAAGGAGUUCUUGGUAAUGUGAAGGGGCGAGGGCCUGGGGAAGAAGGAAUGGACAGUUGUAACCACAGCCCAGUUAGCAUCACCAAAAUACACCUGUCAGCAAUGUCUCACCAGCCCCCCCAACACAAAGAUGCUUCCCACCUUUAGGAGUCCUGACCCCCCGCCGAUCUGGAGUCCCCACAGCAGUAGAGAGAUCCAGUCACACUCCUUAGCCAUGUCUUCAAAACCCGGACCAAAGUCUGAGUUACAGAUCCAUUCCCACACCCCAAACCUACCGAACCAGGACACUUGCAUAGCUGCAUUUCUGAACCCUGGUCUUGAUCUAGCUCACGUGAAGUUGAAGUGGUGUGUUUCAGAUAAGCAAGAAGGUAUUUCUGUUCUGCUUGGCUUUGAAGCAGGCUGCACACCUGGUUUCUGCCAGGGUGACCAUAGGCGGUAUGACAGCUCUCAUGAGUGGAGCUGAUACACAGCAAUCUCCAUCCUUUACCUCCUUGGUACUGUUCUACCACAGCCUUGCCUAGAAUAUACUCCUAUCUGCUGGCAGUUGAGAAGGUGACUGUGUGAUACAAAGAUGUGUGAGUGCAGAGCUUAGAUUAGCAAGGCUGAGGAGCCUUGUCCAGUCAGCCAGCACUGAGGCAGUUGCUGAUGAUGCACCAGUAUCCAGUGAGGCUGCUUUCCUCUCUACCGGUCAGACUUUUGCACCUAGAUGAAGGUUUCCAUUACUGGUACACUUGGAAUGGGGAUUAUGGGCACCAGCUCAAGCCUCAUAUACUGUCAACCAGGCAGUUAAGGCAAACUCAGAACCAAAAAAAACAACAAAACAAAAAAAAUCAACUGAUUUCCAGAGAAAUUGUCCCAAGCUCCUCAAGUUACAAAAGGGCCCAUAAACAUUACACCAUUUUUGCCUUUUUUCACCUACCACAAAUAUAGAGUCCUUACACCAGGUAGAAAACUCUUCUGAGUGAUUCUUGUGAUGAGAUCAGAGGGUUGUUUGGAAAAGGGACCAGUAGAAUAGUUAGGAUUAAGUGGAUGUACCCAUCUGAUCAACUUGCUGCCACAGCAGAGAACUUCAGGCCUCUGGUGGAUCUUGGUCCUUCCAUUUGCCUUCACUAUGUCUCCACAAAGUCUGUUCUCCUUUUGGCACAUCGGUUUCUCCCAUAAGCAUUAAUGGCAUGAGCACAGCCUCCCUGAUAAAAUAAUUGACUCCUUUGCUUCUGCCAGCAAAGAUUGUGUCAGAUUUCCAGUGAAUCCAAAUGUGUAUUUUGUCUCAGGAUUCUCCACCUUAUCACCAGAUGCUGCUUUAGGGUCUGUGCCCACCAACAUCAAAAAGAGACUGAGCCUUUGCACAGCAACCCACAUGUGAACUAGCUAAAUAAAGCACUUGUGCUUUUGGGAAGAGAAACCAAACUCCAGGAGAUCUGUUCCUAGAGCUGUGCAAAAUAUUAGGCAUGUUUCUCCCAUUGGCAUGCUAGGGUAAGUGUCCCAGUGCACUAGUUUUUUUCAGUACAUCCUGCAUUUCAAACCAAAGAGCUGCUGGUGCAAACUUGAGACCAUUGAUUUAAGAGGCUACUUUGAAACUCUUUGUGCCUGAUUCUGGUCUCUUUCAUGAAGGUUUAAAAUUCGGAGUAACUUUUCAUGAACAUCAGUGGAGUUACACUGCUGUAAAACCUAAGUAGGAGAAUUGCACUCAGCCCCCUACAUGCUCAGAUUUAAAAAACUGGAUCCAGUUCUCUGGAUUCCUCAACCCAACAUAUUUGAUGGGUGACAAGGAAAAAAGGGUGGGGGGCGGGAAAGUGGAGUCUUUUGCUCACCUGGCAAAGUAUGGAUUUUAUAUAUACAGAAUAUUUAUUCUUUGUGAUCAUAUUUGAAGCCAGGUGCCCCUUGAAAGUUUUGGCUUUCUUCUGCCUUGUUCAUCACUGUCACUGAUAUUUAAGAUAGCUGAUCACUCUUUUUCUUUCAUUUGGGGGCCUUUCCAUCUAAGGAGGUGGGAGACGCUAGUGCCUGUUCACACCUAGUCCCACAAGUUCAUUCCAGAAUUGGCCUGCAACUGCAUGAGUACUACUAAUAAUAAUAUUUAUUUUUAUUUGAAAAGCACCUUACCAACCAACUGCAAUGCUCUGCCAUUCCUUCACUAAUUCCCCUUUCCUCUUCCCUGGUUCCUCUUCUCUCCUCCAUUCCCUUCAAUCAUAUCCCUUUUCAGUGCUUGGUGAUGUAUGCGUGUGUGCUCACUGUUCUUGUAUUCAAUAAAAGUGAAAUAAAUGUGUUUGAUGCUGAA